UAAUAGAUUGGAGUUUAAACCUUGUUGUUCAUUGCAAUUUUGUUAAAUUUGAGGAUUUUUGGUUUGAUGGUUAUGGAUAAAAUGAUGAUUUUGAUUGAUGACAGUUUCUAUUGUAAAUGUAAUAGAUUUAAUUUGUUUAAAAUGUUUAAGAUAAGAUAUUACAGUUGUUCUAACCUGCAAAUCCAAAGUGGAAUUUUGUGCUGCUAUGCAUACACUCUAAUGAGGGGGUUUUAGUUAAUGUAUAAGCCAUCCGCCACUUGUGGACUAGUGGUAGGAAGACUUAGGUUUUCUAAUGGAGGCUCAAGUUCAAUCGUCACUUGUGACACUUUGGUUGAUUAGGCAAUGAUGGAUAGAGCCUAGCCUCCUUGCAGAGGUGCCAAACUUUAUUUUGAGCCCACCCGGGUUUCGUCCCACCGUGUGUUAUGCCAGAGAGUUCUGCUCUUGUGGUGGCACGAUGACUGUCAAGUGGCAGCCGGCGGUAUGGUUUCCUGGGGGAACGCCCAAGUCAAACUCUGAAGCCAGUGUGGGCCCGGUUAAGACCACAUAGUCAGGCCGGAGUGGGACAACAGGGCUCUCCAAUUUGGGUGGUGCGGUAGCCUAAUACAAGAAAGUCGCCGUUCCAAAAAAAAAGUUAAUGUACAAGCCGUCGACUUGUCACAUCAGUCAUUUCAUCGGCGAUUGGUUCUAUACAGCCGUCGUUUAACCGUGCAUGAACCCUUUUAUGCGGCCAUAUAACGGUUCCUUAACCCUUGUAUAUGGGCGUAUAACCUUAAAAAUCAAUCAAAUCAAUAGAGGGUGAUAAUAGCUUCAUUAGUGAUUUAUUAUCAAAGUCUAGAGAGAGGGGUCUUGAUGAUAUAAAAGAGACUUAUCAAUGAGUAUGAUGAAAAGUAUUAUUUUCUGUAAAGAAACAUUUGUUACAAAUUGAGGUGGUAAAGCGGCAAUGGCAGCAUCAUCUUCUACAGAAAACCCAAGCUCGGUUCCAGUUGCAGAGAACCCUAUGCAGUAUUAUUUAUAUCCACCGCCCAUAGCUCAAUACGAAGAUGUUAUUGCUAGUCCCAACUUAUUCAUGGAUAUUCUUGGGAAAUUUCAUGCUGCUAUGGGGACCAAAUUCAAGAUUCCUAUUGUUGGUGGCAAGGAUCUAGACUUGCAUCGUCUAUUUAUGGAAGUUACUUCUCGUGGAGGCAUUAAAAAGGUUCUUGACGAGAAGAAAUGGCGAGAGGUGACUAAUUGUUUCAGCUUUCCGCCUUCUGCUACAAACGCUUCAUUUAUCUUGAGAAAAUAUUAUAUGUCAUUGGUUCAUCACUUUGAACAAGUUUAUUAUUUUAAGGCUAAAGCAUGGACUCCUGUUCCUACUGAUACUUGGCAGGGUACUAAAACGACCCAGACUUCAAUAUCGGGAAUUCAAGAGACAGCGUUGACGAGGCAGAGGACGAAUACAGACGAAGAUGCAUCGACUAAAGGUUCUCUAGAAUCAUCAAUAGGUUUACCGGUGACUGGUGUGCUUGAUGGAAAAUUUGAAAGUGGGUAUCUUUGUACGGUUGUAAUAGGCGGAGAGCGGCUACAAGGUGUGCUUUAUCAAACAGUGCAAACACAUACACCGCUAUAUGAUAUACCAAAACAUGGGGUUCAAGCAACUAUGGAUGCAACCGCAACCGUGGUUAGGUGUAGGCGUAGACGUAGGAAGAAAUCCGAAAUUAGAAAGAGGGAUCCCGCUCACCCAAAACCUAACCGAAGCGGUUAUAAUUUCUUUUUCGCUGAACAACAUGCUAGACUCAAGUUACUUCACACCGCCAAAGAUAGAGCCAUCAGCAGGAUGAUUGGUGAAGAGUGGAACAAACUUACCGAGUCUGAAAAGGCGGUUUACCAGGAAAAGGCGGUGAAAGAUAAAGAAAGAUACAAAAGCGAAAUGGCGAAUUAUAAAGAGAGUUUCAAGAGAGAACAAGUUUUAACGACUUCAACGCCUUUACAACAACAAUAUUUUGUGAUGAACACAAAUAUGGAAAUCAACGGUGCAAAUUCUCAUAAAAUUCAGGAAAACGAGCCAAAUUCCGAGUAUCUUGAUGAUGACGAUAGUAGCUUUGAAGGUGACGGGGAAGAAACUACAGGUAAGGUCCCAAAUCUUGAAACAGGAGCUGAAAAUAGUGUUGACAUAGAGUGUAAACAAUCACUCAAUAUUGAAGAUUACCAGGCGGGUCAACAAAAGUCAACGCCUGUCCCGCAGAACGAACCAUUAGUUUUUGAAAAUGAAUUAACACGUAUCCAAGAGAAUAAUUUAAAUCUAGAUAAAAAGAGUUCUGACGAUGAACCGAUGAUUCCUGAUAUUAAUGAUGAAAACAAGAGAAAAUCAGGUGACCAGCAAGAACAGGAUUUGGAAAUGUUCGAUGAAAACGGGCCCUUGGUUACUAAUGAGCAAAGGGAUUUGGAGAUUCCAAGGUAAAAGAUCCAAUUUUUGAUAGCAGACAUAAGCAUUAUGUUUCGGUUACCUUCUAUAAAAACCGUUCCUUUUAGAAUUUUAACAUGUUUUUAUGUUUUGGUUGGUACGGUAUAUUAUGCAUGCCGGUAGCGAUAGUAGUCUUUGUUGAGUCAGAAACAUAAUCUUUUGCUCAAACUUGAACAAAUUUCGGUGGUAUGAAUUUUAAUUUGACCAGAUUGACUUCUUUCUUUCUU